AUGUUCGAUUCGCGGGGUCGGGGAGAUGCAAACCUCGAAUUGCUAGGCGGGUGUUGUGAAUUAGCGUCUACCGUCGUCUCGGCGGCGUCAGGGUUCGGUGCUAGAGGCAUGGCGCCGAAGGCCUUGACGGAUUGCCCCGAGAACCUUCGAGAGGCAAUCGACUGGCUCAUCCAGGUGAAGCAGGGUGGCGGGAUUUCAAGGCUGUCCCAGGCUCUCGGUAAGUUGCUUGACCAUGUCGCUCAGGACGCUCAGACAUCUCUGCCAUCUCUACCCGAAUCAGAUGGGCCGUCCGCCGGAGAUGUUAUCUCCAGGCUUAAAGAGUUUCGGAGCUCUCUUCCGAAAGACUCUGCGCAUCCUAAUGAAAACAUUUUACAUAAUCUCUGUUCCUCCUUUGAGACAUUUUUAGGCUAUAAGCCUCCCGGAAUCUACGAUGGUUCCGGGAUUGUGUAUGGCUCCGCCUCCCGUUUGUGCGACGCCAUUUUAGCGUUCUUGUAUGCUCUGUUCACUGAUGUCUAUGAUAAUCAGCCGUACGUGUCCGGUAGAUCUAUAUUGCAUGAUGUUCUUGAUAAGCAUCUUAAGCCUCAGUUGCGGCAGGGCCACAAGGGGUUUACUCACGCCAUACCCCUGGUGGCCGACGGCCUCCGCAAGUAUAACCAGGCUGUCUCGGCUUCGAACGAAAAAGUGAAGAAGCCGAUAAAUGACUUGUUGACUUAUGUGGGUGAGGGUGGUGUGUUGCUUACGAAGGUUAAUAAAAUUCAGGUGCCGAAAGAGUCUACGCCUCUGAAACCUGAGGAAGCGGAGAAGGCCGUCACGGCGGCUAGCGAUUUGGUGGACCAGUGCGUUGGUGAAGCCAAGAAGAUACAACAUCCGUUCGAGGCAGCCAAAAGGGGCAACAUUGUAGAUCAAUACAAUGAUCUGAAUUUGCAGCUGCGUGAGAAAAUCCGCAAUGCCCGCAGAAAUAUUGGCCAUGAAGCGAAGAGGCUUAAGCAGCUCUCCAAAAGGGAGAGGAAAAACCUGGAGGCCUUCAUUAAGAUGAUAAAGCAGGCGCUCCACAAGCUUAAAACCGACGUAAAUGCGCAGAUCACCAAAAAGGUGGAGGAGCUUGUUAGGCAGUUGAAAGAUAAAGUGCAGGCCAUUUUGGCCCAACUCGAAAAAAUCAGUACAUCGCUCGGACAAUACAUUAUGGACCUGGACAAGUGGAUUGAGAAAACCACAAAGGAUAUUAAAGCUGCGCAGAAAUUAGUCCAGAACAUUUUGGAUGAGGUAAAUGGGAAUGUGGAAGAUAAAAAUCUGAACCAUAAACACAAUCUCGACGAGGCGAUUGCUACUGUUGAGAGCAAGUUGGAAGAGAGAGCUGCGGAUUUGACACAAUGGAAGGCAGCUGCGCAGAAAGUGCUCCAAGGUACGAUUGAUAGUUCUGGUAAUGUGUACAAAGAUUUGGAUCCCAAUCAAAAACAAGGCCCUGGCGAGACGACGAAAAUUGGCAAAGGACUUCAGCAGAUUACUACAGCUAAAGAAAAAGUUGAGGGCGUGAGUAGUGAGCUAGGAAAUAUUCACGGCGAUUUGCAGACUUGGAAUUCCACGGCAAGCAGUGUGCUCAGCCAAGUGGUUAGUAAAGCGCAGGACGUGCGUAACAAGUUGGAUCCUGGUGGCACGGAUACUAUUGGUAAGAGCAUUAAGCAAAUUGCCGAAGGCAAAGAAGGAAUUGACACCGCAAAUCAGACGCUUGGCACACAAGUAAAGAGUUUAGAGAAGUGGAUCAACGACGCCGAGAAAAUACGUGAACAGGCUGAGAAAAAGGCUAGGGAAGCCUACGAUAAGUUGAAGGUUAAUAAGACUCUGAGCCAAAAUGUUCAGAAAAUUGUGGACGCCAAUAAGAAAAUUGCGAGCGUGCAUACUGAGCUGGGAAAGGUUCAUGGAAAUUUGGGAGAGUGGAAGCAACAGGCCGGGGAUGUGCUUCAAGGGGCGAUUAAUAAUGCGCAAUUUGUAUAUGAUAGGUUGGGAGAUGGUCAGCCUGUGAGUCAGGGAAUUGACAAAAUUGAGAGCAAUAACAGCUUAAUUAAAGAUGCUAAUGAGAAACUUGGCACUGAAGUCACGGCUCUAGGUAAGUGGAGUAAGGCCGCCAAGGAUGUUAUUUCCAAGGCGGAUGGGAAGUGUGUCAAAAUUUUGGAGAAAGUUAAAACUACAGAUCAAAAGAGUGUAAUUUUUACGCAAGCUGAUUUGUUACACAAAGAUGGUAAAAGACUUUUGCAGGCUGCGAUUACGGCCAAGCAGCAAGUUGAGCAGAAUGUCACCGCGGCCUUGGAGGCUGUUGUGCAAAUGGACAAAUCUCUCAAGACGGAUUUGAAAGAUGUGAAACAGGAUAUUAAGAUAGGAAUAGACCAUGUGAUUAAGACGUUGCAAGUUAAGGAAUUGGAUACUUUGGUGAAGAAUGAUUUGAGGACGUUGAGGGGGAGGAUUAGUGAACUUGGCCAGCAGGCUGAUACCAGUACCUCCGGUAAUGGGCUUGUUGGUGCGCAGUUAAAAGCUCUUGAAGAUGCAAAGAACAUUCUGGACAAUGGUGCUGUACAACAAAUUAAGUUGGCGGAGCAGGGACUUGUCGGCAAGUUUCAGAGUGAAAUCCAGGUGAAGCUUCAGUCUGCGGUCAGUGAAGUCGACCAGGCGAUUGGGAACCUCGGUGGGAAGUUUGGUGGCACUGAUAAGACAACCGUUGAUAAGAUUUUCUCGCAUAUUAAAGAAAAGGUUGGGAAGAUUAGGGGGACGGCGGGUAACGGAAGAUGGGAUAAUGAAGGUGGCCAAGGCCUGGAAGGGAUUAAGAGUAAGGUGAAAAGCUAUGUCCAUGCGUUCACCGGGGGUGACGGGACGCAGUUUAACGAAAUUGUGAAAGGCUGGAUUGAAAGGACUAUUAUGCCGUAUAACGGCGCUGUGAGGAUGAUGGUUGGGAAGAAUGGACGGUAUGAUGAUAGUGAGAAGAGUAACAUCGAGAACGUCGCACUUGCUUUUAAGGAACAGCUUAAGAUCCAAGCAGAUUCGGCUGGUGAAGUGGUUCAACAAAUAAAAAAUGGCUCUGGUGGAGAUAUUGCAAAAAGCAUUCAAGCUGUGAAGGACGGUUGCGAGACAUUCGCCAAGUAUCUUGACACCGAAUUGCAGAAACCGGACAGUGCUAACUCUGGCAUAGUCUCUAAGGUUAAGGAGCCGUUGAAGACAUACAUACAAUCCACCGCAAAAUGCAUAUGCGACUGCAGUCACUGCAACCAGGACUGUAAGCAAAACUCCGUCGCGUCCGCCAUCCUGUGCGCCCUGUCAUCCGUGGGCCGGCAGGUGAGCAACGAACUGAGUUCCCUGCUUCUCAACAUAGCCGAUGGAACCAUAGACAGCAGACCCGGCGACAACAGCAUCGCAGCAAUCUUGGACAAGAUCACGUCGAUUGCUGAGGAACUUGAUGACAAGCUUAAAGCGGCGACUCAGCAACAACCUCCCGCCACCUCCACAGAAAGCCCCGCCAAAGCCGUGGACAAUAGGUCGAGUGAAGUGAGUAGGCAGGUUGAGGGUCUUACCAACACCUUUACCUCAAAAGUCACAUCUGAGCUUACCAAGGCAGUUAACCAACUUCCCGGCGCCGUCACCGAUUUCGAUACCGAAGCCCAAAAGCUGAUCAAGGCCGCGGCCAAGACGGCGAUUACAAAGGCGGCUGAGGAGAUUAGUCAGGAUGGUCAAGAAAUUAACUUGAAGACAACGAUGGAUAAAUUCCAUACUGCCUACGAUCCUAUUCAAAAGGACCUCCAAAAGCAACUUGAUGCAGAAGUUGAGAAGCACAUUGGGGAUGAUGAUCCGGCAGGUCUGAAGGGUGUUACAGCAGAUAAAGUCAAACUUUCACAAUUGUUUACGCUUUACAGAGGACAUGUUGUGCCAGGAAAAGUGUCUGCUGCAGGCGGCUUAAAAGGCACUGCAGAGGAAGGCAAACUCCCAGAGGCGAUCGGGAACAUCAAGACUGAGGUUUUUGAAAAGCUUAAUAUGAUAGAGCCAAGUCCAAGGAACGGCAAAGCAGAAAUUACUACAGAUACCUUCACCGGUCCGUUCGACACAAUUCAGAAAGAGCUUGGAGAGAUCAAGAGAUUGGUUGAGAAUAGGACACAGCAGCAGCCCGUCCAGGACGAUGAAGGUGUAAAAGAUUUGUUGAAGAAGCUUGAACAGGGGCUUGAAAAAGGUAAGUUGAGUGAUGUGGCUGAUAAAGGUCUGCAAGAAAUUUAUGAAAAGAUCAAUGGGCUGCAAAAAGAUCCGUUUCAGAAAACCACUGAAAUUGAGAAAUCCGUCAAGGAAAUUAAGGCGCAGCUUGAAGAGCUCAGGAAGAAGUUGAAGAAAGAGAACGGCGAUAAAGAUAAAGAUGACGUCAUAAACCGACUAAAAUAUAUGCAAGAAAAGGGGCUUGGCACUGAGCAAAAUGUUUGGACACCGAACGGUCAACCUCUCAGUGGUCUUGGUAAAAUCCAGGGGGAGCUUAAAAAGCAGAAUGAUAUAUUGCCUGGACAAACGAAAAUCAUUGGAGAAGCCAUGAGACAAAUCCAGUUGGAACUCUUUAGGAUGGGAAUUAAAAUACAAAAUGUUUUCAACGAUGAUGACAUCCUAGACAAGCUGCGCCGGCUGCAAUAUAGGAUCGGGAAGGGUAAAAAUAUAGGUCUUGAAGCAAUUUACAAGGCAAUUAAAAACCUCCAAGAACACCCGUUUAAACAAAAACCCACUGAAAUCGAUGAAGCCAACAACCUUAUUAAACAAGAACUCACUACCCUUCAAGCUGUGUUGCAAGACAAGCCAGGCAACGAUGUCAUAAAGUCACUGGAAGAUUUGAAGAACACUGGACUAAGUGGUACAAAGUGGGAUGAAAAUAGAAACGGAAAAAGUAAAAGCCUUCAAACCAUCGAAAGUGACCUUAAAGGUCAACAAAAUGAAUUGGGACAACAACCCGGCAAAAUAGACCAAGGCGUCCAAGAUAUCACCGGUGAGCUUGACAGCCUCAGACAGAAGCUGAAAGAUGAGGUCAAUAAAAAGUUAGAUGACUUGAAAAACCAUGGCCUUAAUAACGGUAAUGAAACAUGGAAUGACAACGGUUUUGAAAAAGGCCUCACUCAAAUCACGACAGACAUCGAGACCAUAAAGUCCAAGGACGUUGAGGACGUGAAGGAGAAACUAAAGGAGCUGUGCACGGCGAUUAGAAUGUUAGCAAAAGAUGCCGAAUGGUUUCUUAAUGAAUUGAAGGAUGGGAAGAUUGGCGAGCAACUCAAGCAAAUAAGAGAUGAAAUUGACAAGCUACACGGCCGUCUGGUGGAUGGUCCCAUAAAAGACCUCAGAGCCUUCUUAAGAUUCCUCGACAACGGCAAGGCGCAAAUAAUCCAUGACCUCCACGCGUACGUCAACAAGGAGGUCAAGCAAGCCGAAGAGGCUCUGAUCAACGAGGCACGACGGCAGUGCGCCUCCAACAUCAAGGAGCUUUUGACGCUGUUCGCCCGGAAGGUGGAGGAAGAAUUAGAUCCCUUGCCUCCGUUAAUAAAUGGGGAUCUGCAGAAAGGGUAUAAAGGGUUUGUGAAACAGGUUGAAGGGAAGCCGGAGCCUCAAGUUGCAGGUGCACAAGGGGAAUUUGAGAAGUUCGAAGAGCUUGUGAAGACUCUGCCAACUGAGCCGAAGGAGAGAGUGUUCAAAAAAUUGGCCGCAGUGUUCAUGCACUUUUACGGUGAGCUUAAAGCGUACGUCCACAAAGAGAUCAGGAGAGAGCACAAGGAGGAAGGCAAGAAGAAAAACCCUGUGCCCCAAGAACCGGAAACGCUCUACACUGACAAACUUGUAAGAGUCACACUCUCAUUGAAUGCGUUACUUGAAUACAUUAGAACUGAGGAUAUCUUCGACCACAGACUCCAAGCCCUGCUCCACAGCCUCACCGACGCGCUGAGUAACCUGCGACCUGAGAGCUUCGCCAGGCCCUCGAGUCCCCUACUGGACGGCCUGGUGGAGGGGCUCACAAAGUUCGCCGCCGAGUUCACAUGUGCGUACGUCUCCGCCUACGCCGGCGCACAGUUCACCGACGGUCAAGGUGAAAAGUACGCCAAGGUCUUUCUCACCACGCUGCCCACACUGUGCGACGCCUUCAACAGGCUGGCGGAGCAGUGCGGCAAGAACGGCAGGUGGAGGGAUUUGCAUAUUAAUUCAAGCAGUAAACUCGGCACAUUCCUCCAGCGCUGCGGCUACAAGGUCGCCACCUCUCCCUUUGACCAGGACGGCGAGCUGCGCGACGACUGCAACGGCCGCGACGUGUAUGUCCUCGUCAGCCAGAAGAUUGAGGAGACAGAUAACAACGAACACCUCGAAAAAUGCCUGUCCCUCACACACGCAUGUAAUCUGAUAGAGCUCCUCAAAUGCCUCUGCACGCACCUCCAGCAGUACUACAGGACGUGCCACCUCAAGGUGCAUCCCUCACCCCGGCCGCCGUGUUCCAUCUACGAGAUGCUCACAUGGUGCUGCGGGCUCCCGCACAACGCCGUGUACCUGAGCGUCACUCAUGAUGCCCUGCCGUCACUGUUCGAGGCGCCGGAUGAGCCGGACUCUACUGACUCCGAAGUGUCCCUCACUGACCUCAGCAGCCUGGCGCUUGUGGCCCACCCGGAGAGCAUAACAGCGGCGUCCCUCACCGACGCACUCACGGAGGUCUGCCACCGGUCGCAUUCAGUGCUCACCACGUUACUAGGCUACGGCCACGCAGGUGGCAUCUACGCCGUCGACUUCAACGCAAACCCGGGAGGCCUGUUGUACCCCUGUGACACGGACGAUUUCAUAUGCCUGCUGUUCGACGUCAUCAAACGCCUCCACCACCAACUCCAUUUCCUCUACCGCCGGUGCCUCUACAACACCCGGCACGGCGGAUGGCUCGACUGCUGGUACGGUCGGGGCGUCGGAGGAUCGUCGUGGAAGUGCAACACCAUGCAGUGUGCCAACCAAAUGUGUGACCAACAGUGCAACCAAACACACAACCAAAUAUGCAACCAAAGCUGUGACCAACAUCCCAAGUGCGGCGUCAAGUCGCCGCUCCAGUCGUUCCUCGAGGACGGCCUGGUAGGCUUCCUGCCUCACGCUGUUACACCCAUGGACACCUGUGUCAAGUGCUCCGGCUGUGACACCAAGUCACCCGGCCUGCCGUGCAAGACGCCCAUGGGCCUCUCCAACAUUACCAGGCUGGCCUCCCGUGCGUUCUCAGGCCGACACAUCAUGGACGUCCUCGGCGCCUUCUGCGGCGGCGCUUCAUCCCCCCUCACCAGGCUGUGCGGCUUCCUGAAUUGCCUCCUCACCCGCCCGCCACGGACGCCAGACGACCUGUUCGCUUUCUUCUACCAGUUCAUAUGUGACUGGAGUGACGGCGUUGAGCACCGUAAGGCGGCCUUCGAGGACGCCGUCGGCGACGCGUGCUUCUGGCAGCGGGGCGUGACGCUGGACGUCAGUACAGUCUUCGGCAUCAGUGACCACGGCAACGAGACGGAAAUGCCUCACCUCACCGGGGACCUCUUCUCACUCGUCAAGUGCAACGGCACUCCACACUCCGCUCCGUCACACCCCUGCGGCCCCUACCUCAAGCCUCUGAACCACGACGUCCGCGCCACCUUCGCCAGGGAAUACGCUCACCUCUACCUAUCCUGGGUGGUGUACCUCACGGAGACUUUCUACGACCUGCUUAAGCAACUGCUGCAAGACUGCGAGCGCACCUGCGCCGAAGCCACGUCCACGUGCCACGCCAACAGCUGCGACAACGACUGCACAGCCAAGCACCGGCCGAUGGCUCAAGGCUCCGAGCACCUUGAUUCAUGCCCCUCCAUCGUGGACUGCGACCACACCACGCCCACACUCUUCCAGUACGGCUUCGCUCUAAGGGACGUCCACACCCUCGCCGGAUCCACGCACGGCCAACAGAACAAGCGGACCUGCGAGGAUUUCUGCAUGGCCCUGCGAAUCGUCGUCAAGGCAAUGAACCCUCUCCACAGGCUGGCGCACGAGACAAUCCCCGAGUACCUCUAUCGCAUCCGCGCACCCUUCCUCUACACCAUCAUAGCGCUCUGGCUCACCGCCACGAUCUACAUCCUCCACUCGCUACUCUACCGCAUGGACGUCCUGCGCAUCCGCUCCCACCUCCUGACCACCAAGGCCUCCCACCUCAUCGACGUCAAGGCGCUGCUCGCCGGAAGCCGCAAGAUGCUCUCACUGUACAGGGACGUAGAUUACUUCGACGACGACUUUCACCCAUGA